AUGUAUCGCCGCACGAUAGGACUUGGUAAGAAGCAUGGGAGUGUAGACCAGCAGCCUAUCCUGGCGCCCGGAGGUCACUGGUCUAGUAGUAGUCGGCAAGUUCAAAUGUGGUUUAACGUAGCCGGUAUUGGAUGUGAGAACGAGUUGCACGAAACCUACCCCACCGAGAGUACAUCGGUCAGAAACAAGGGUUCUCUCACGCAUGUAGCCGCAUCCCUUGUGCGAGAAACGUCUCCCGGCCCAUCGUCAUUUGAUUCCGCGCUCAAGUCAAACACGAGGCGAUGGCUCAAUGCGAUCUCCGGUCCCGCUCCAUUGUGUACCAACGUAGGAAGUGUACGGCCUCGCAACGUGCCCCAUGAUGAUCCUAUCAAAAGGCGUGUCUAUGACGAACAGCUGGUAAAACACGCUGGUACACCGAACUGCUCCGUCCCUUGUGAGAUAAGAUAUGGGCGGGAACAGCCGGCAUCCCUCAAGUUCAUCGAUCUCAAGAUUGAAUGUUACGACCUGCAAAUUCGGACUAGUCCAAGGAACAUCCCGUUUGUAGUCCAUUUCCACCAAUCCCAAGGCACUUCAAUCGUCACAAAUGGUUCAAGUCGUCAACGUAACAUUCACCUUGACCAGAUCAAGCUGUAG